CGCAGAUCGUCCAGUACCGAGCAGGCAAGGGCACCGCGGUGGAACGCCAUGCCUUUUUUUGAUGUGCAGAAAAGGCUGGGCCUUAACUUAGAUCAGUGGAUGACAAUACAAAGUGCUGAGCAGCCUCACAAGAUUCCGGGUCGAUGCCACGCUUUUGAGAAAGAAUGGAUAGAAUGUGCACAUGGAAUCGGUGGUAUCCGUGCAGAGAAAGAGUGCAAGAUAGAAUUCGAUGAUUUCGUAGAGUGUCUGCUUCGGCAGAAAACGAUGAAACGUCUGAGUGCCAUCAAGAGGCAGCGGGAUAAGCUAAUAAAGGAAGGGAAGUACACGCCUCCACCUCACCACUUGGGCAAAGAGGAUCCUAGGCCGUGAGCGGAGCAGCUACUGAUGGCUAGAGGCUGAUUUUUGUGUUCUCUCUUCUCCACUGGAAAGUUUCUGUACUGAAAACCUCUUUGUGAAAGUGUCUGAAAAUAAAGGAUUGUGCCAUC